GAGAGAGAGAGAGUUAACCACUGUCAAAGCCGAUUACAGUUCAUCGGGUCUGUGAUUCUGCCACUGUCUGUCCACUUGAGGGUUCUCCCCUUUGUGAACGACACGCCUCUCGCUUUCUCCUUCUUGUUAGUUGUUGUUUAUUUAUAGAAGCGCGCUUUUUUCUUUCUUUCCGCGAGCAGCAUGGAUUUAUUCUAGUGCUCGUGGGACUCGGACAUCUUUACUAUGAGUUCCUCUGCAGAAGCGCUCCCGUCGGAGGGGCAACUUUUCCGUGCGCCACGGCGCCGCUGAGCCGCGCGUCUCUCGGUGGGAAAGUUUACACGCGACCCCCGGCGACCAUGGGCUCACGGUGAAAGCUCAGACCCCUCCACCCCCCUCUCCCUCUCCACUGUCCACUGUCUACUGUCUUCUCUCUUCCAAGCCGCACAACAAAAAUGCAGAAGAGCGUCCGCUACAACGAAGGGCACGCGCUGUUUCUGUCGGUGGUCGCGCGUAAAGAGGGGACGAAGCGCGGCUACCUGAGCAAGAAGACGACGGAGAACAGCCGAUGGCACGAGAAGUUCUUCGCUCUUUAUCAGAAUGUACUGUUCUACUUCGAGAACGAGCAGAGCGCGCGACCAGCCGGGAUUUACCUGUUGGAAGGAUGCACCUGCGAGCGCGCGCCGGCGCCCAAGAUGUCCACCACCGGAAAGGAAGCGCUGGAGAAACAGCACUACUUUCUCAUCGUGUUUGGUCACGACGGUCAGAAGCCUCUGGAGCUGCGGACUGAGGAGGAGAGUGAGUGUGAUGAAUGGGUGGAGGCCAUCCAGCAGGCAAGUUACUCUGACAUCAUCAUUGAACGAGAGGUGCUGAUGCAGAAAUACAUCCACCUUGUACAGAUAGUGGAGACUGAGAAGGUGGCUGCCAAUCAGCUGCGUACCCAGCUAGAAGAUCAGGACACAGAAAUUGAGAGGCUUAAAGGAGAGAUUAUAGCUUUGAACAAAACUAAGGAGCGAAUGCUGCCUUACCAUGUCAACCAUGAAAAUGAAGACCCGGAUAUCAAAAAGAUCAAAAAGGUGCAGAGUUUCAUGCGGGGCUGGCUCUGUCGGAGGAAGUGGAAGAUCAUCGUUCAGGACUACAUCUGUUCUCCUCACGCUGAGAGCAUGAGGAAGAGGAACCAGAUCGUCUUCAACAUGGUGGAGGCAGAGACAGAGUACGUCCACCAGCUCUACAUCCUGGUCAACUGUUUUCUCAGACCUCUGAGGAUGGCUGCCAGCUCCAAGAAACCCCCCAUCAGCCACGACGAUGUCAGCAGCAUCUUCCUCAACAGUGAGACCAUCAUGUUCCUACAUGAGAUUUUCCAUCAAGGCUUGAAGGCGAGGAUAGCCAACUGGCCAACCCUUGUGCUGGCUGACCUAUUUGACAUCCUGCUGCCCAUGCUGAACAUCUAUCAGGAGUUUGUGCGUAACCAUCAGUACAGCCUGCAGGUUUUGGCCAACUGUAAGCAGAACAGAGACUUUGACAAGCUCCUGAAACAGUACGAGUCUAAUGCAGCCUGUGAGGGAAGGAUGCUCGAGACCUUCCUCACAUACCCAAUGUUCCAGAUUCCUCGCUACAUCAUCACCCUGCAUGAGUUAUUAGCACACACACCUCAUGAACAUGUGGAGCGCAAGAGUCUUGAAUUUGCCAAGUCCAAAUUAGAGGAACUCUCCAGAGUAAUGCAUGAUGAGGUCAGUGACACGGAGAACAUCCGGAAAAACCUGGCCAUAGAGAGGAUGAUAGUGGAGGGCUGUGACAUCCUACUGGACACAAGCCAGACCUUCGUUAGGCAGGGCUCUCUGAUCCAGCUGCCAUCAGUGGAGCGAGGGAAGCUAAGUAAGGUCCGUCUGGGCUCUCUCUCUCUAAAGAAGGAAGGGGAAAGACAGUGCUUCCUCUUCACCAAACACUUCCUUGUCUGCACACGCAGCUCCGGGGGAAAACUGCACCUUCUCAAGCAAGGUGGAGUUUUGUCCCUAAUUGACUGCACACUCAUAGAGGAGCCAGAUGCCAGUGAUGAGGAGUCUAAAGCUGGCGGCCAGGUAUUUGGUCAGCUGGACUUUAAGCUCAUAGUAGAGCCGUCAGACUUACCGUCAUUCACUGUGGUGUUACUGGCGCCAUCGCGGCAGGAGAAGGCAGCAUGGACCAGUGAUAUUAGCCAGUGUAUAGAUAAUAUCCGCUGUAAUGGCUUGAUGACCAGUGUAUUUGAGGAGAACUCUAAAGUCACUGUGCCUCAUAUGAUCAAAUCCGAUGUGCGUCUCCAUAAAGAUGAUGUUGACAUUUGCUUCAGCAAGACGCUCAACUCCUGCAAGGUCCCCCAGAUCCGCUAUGCCAGCGUGGAGCGGCUGCUUGAGAGGCUGACCGACCUGCGCUUCCUCUCCAUUGACUUCCUCAACACCUUCCUGCACACUUACAGGAUUUUCACCACGGCAACGGUGGUCAUGGACAAACUGGCCGACAUCUACAAGAAGCCCUUCUCCUCCAUUCCGAUCAGGGCGCAGUACCACUCAUUUGACCGUCUGUCCAUCUCAUCCAUCUGUCCUGACUACAGUCUGAAGAUCAAGAAGAUAGCCAUGGAUCAGUCCAAAUCAUUGGAGCUGUUCUUUGCCACCAAUCAGAAUAACAGAGGUGGAGAACACAACGACAAAUCUCCUCGUCUCUGCCGCAAGUUCUCCUCUCCACCUCCUCUUUCCAUCCCGUCCCGCACCUCCUCCCCUGUUCGAACACGAAAGCUCUCCCUCCAUUCUCCCAUCACUGCCAGGGUCGGAGGCCUCGACCUAACCAGUCCUCUGUCAAACUCUGGCAUCAACCAUAACACUUCCCAGUCUGCUGCCAGUAGCCCCACAUCUGCCCACACCCCCCAAACCCCAACGCCUCAGACCCCGACUCCUACCACCUCCUCUCCUCCUCCUCCUCCCUCUUCCACCUCUCCCCCACCCAACAACUCCAAACCACUGCAGGACCAAGUUCCUCCUAUUCCCUCGUCCCCGGACCAGAGUCCCUGCUCAACUGCAGAGGGGGAGGAGGUGCCGAAGAUUGAUCCAUUUUGUGGCAAACUGAGACGGAGCAUCCGUAGAGCUGUGCUGGAGUCAGUGUCACUGGAGAAAAUCAUCCCAGAGUCUCCUCAGAGCAGUGAAGCAGGAGACAUGUCUCCGUGUCGCUCCCCUUCCACACCUCGACACCUCCGCUACAGACAGCCUGGAGUCCAGUCAGGGGAGAACUCACGCUGCUCUGUCUCUCCCGCUUCAGCCUUUGCAAUUGCCACAGCAGCAGCAGGACAUGGUUCACCACCAGUCUUUACUAACUCAGAAAGAACUUGUGAUAAAGAUUUCAUCAUCCGCCGAGCUGCAACUAACAGAGUUCUCAACGUGCUGCGGCACUGGGUCUCCAAACACUCACAGGACUUUGAGAUGAAUGGGGAGCUGAAGAUGUCAGUGAUCUGUCUCCUGGAGGAGGUGCUCAGAGAUCCAGACCUUCUGCCUCAGGAGAGAAAAGCUACUGCCAACAUACUAAGUGCCCUUUCUCAAGAUGAGCAGGACGAUGCACAGCUGAGGAUAGAGGACAUCUUACAGAUGGCGGACUGUCCGAAGGCAGAGUGUUUCGAGUCUCUCUCAGCGAUGGAGCUGGCUGAGCAGAUCACUCUGCUGGAUCACAUCGUCUUCAGGAGCAUUCCUUAUGAAGAGUUCCUGGGCCAGGGCUGGAUGAAGGUUGAUAAGACAGAAAGGACGCCAUACAUCAUGAAAACGAGUCAACACUUUAAUGACAUGAGUAACCUGGUGGCAUCGCAAAUUAUGACCCAUACUGAUGUGGGCUCGAGGGCCAACUCCAUAGAGAAGUGGGUUGCUGUGGCUGACAUCUGCCGCUGUCUCAACAACUACAACGGAGUACUGGAGAUCACAUCUGCACUCAAUCGCAGUGCCAUCUACCGCUUGAAGAAGACCUGGGCUAAAGUUAGCAAACAGGCUAAAGCCCUGAUGGACAAACUGCAGAAGACUGUGUCCUCUGAGGGAAGGUUUAAAAAUCUGAGAGAGACCCUGAAAAACUGCAACCCUCCAUGUGUGCCAUACCUAGGAAUGUAUCUAACAGACCUGGCCUUUAUUGAGGAGGGAACGCCCAAUUUUACUGAGGAAGGUCUUGUUAAUUUCUCCAAAAUGAGGAUGAUAUCACACAUCAUCAGAGAGAUCCGACAGUUCCAGCAGACUCCAUACAGAAUAGAGCAUCAAGCCAAGGUGACCCAGUACCUUCUGGAUAAGACUCUGAUCAUGGAUGAAGACACGCUCUAUGAUCUCUCACUGAAGAUCGAGCCCAGGCUUCCUGCCUGAUUCACACCUGCUUGUGGCCAGUGGGAGCCUGCCGAACCUGGAUCCCCCCCUCCCCAAGGGCAACACGCCCAGGUAAUCUCAUCAAUCAAGAGGAAAUCGGGAAGUUUUGAGAGCGACAUGGAAAUGAGAAAUCAAGACUGCAGUGAGAGAAGAAGAAGCAUGAGAGUUUUACAAGAGACUGGUGACGCAUGAGAUGUAAUUUCUAAGAUGUUGGACUGAUUGUCUUCAAAGAGAACGAGUGGAAAGGGUUUUGGUUGCAUCGUGUUGAGGGUUUCUGAGGAAAUAACAUGUCUCUGUGUGUGCUCAUUGUUCCUCAGUCGAGAGUGUGGUGCACCUGAUAUCACACUUCCUCAGACCAGGUUGAGACUGCAGGAAAGGCUUGGAGUGUGAAUGGAUAAAAAACAGUGGACAUAACAGAGAUGUAGCAUAUACAGAUAGUGUGACAGAGAGAUGUCUGAGCUCGUGUCUCUGUGCUGUUGUCUGUGUUCUGUUGCCUGUGCAUUUCUGUGCCAUGUCUUGGAGCAAGAGCCCCAAAAAUGCUUUUUGUCAUGAUGGUCAACUGCAAAAACUUGCAUGAUUUCAGCUUGGGAUGUAACUGUCUAAAUGGCCUUCUACCUGACCCCUGACCCUCAGCUUAGCAUGCUUCACUCUUUACCAGGGUGACUCUCUAAGCCACUAUGCAUCCUCAAUGGACUGGGAACGGCAAAAUGCCUUUAAGCUUUCAAAUAUAAUGUAGAAAGACACUAAAAUUAACGCUUGAAUUUCACUCGGGAUAACUAAAGUAUCUAUCUAUCUAUCUAUCUAAAGUUUAAAAUUUGUGUCUAAAAUUUGAUAUAUUUUGCUGAAGUGGCUUAUUUUUAACAAAUUAAUGAAUUAAUUCUGUAUUUGUCUUUGGUCAGUCUGUGCCUAAAGACGUCCCAUGAGAAUGAAGAGCUCUUUUAAAAAAAUGUCCACAUGAAUGAUACAAAAACUAUAAACUCUAUCAGUGCCUUCCACUAGUGUAGGUAAUUUUCCCCACAAUUGCCAAUUUACAUACAGUACAACAACAUAUAUAAAUCCUGCUUAUAAAUCUUAAGAUUUCCUAUAAAAAUUGGACUGUAGUUUCACUCAUACAACUUUUUUCAGAAAAUAUUUUAUGUAGACUAAACAGUAGCAUGUUAGUGUAAACAGAGUAAAGUCAUUGCAGCAUCUAAUCGUCAGCAAAUAUCUCCCUCUAGUGUUUAAACAUCGUUAGAACCUCUACUGACCCAAAGCUUUUGCAGCGUUUGUGUGCAGUUUGAUUUUUUUGGCUUUUAUAAAUUGUCAGAUUCUGACGUCCAUAGUCAGGUCCCAGUGUGUAACUCUUGGAUGUAGGCUGGGACAGUUUUUGCACUCUCUGAGAUGUAGCUUUGCUUGAGUGACAGUAUGAUCGUUAUUUACCAUGCUAUUUAUUUCAUCAGAUACUGUAUUUAUCUUAUUUUUGUAUAUAGUGACUCCACACAUAUCAUAUGAUUGCUGAAGAAACACUUUAAAAAUGUCAUGCUGUGAAUAUAGAUUUUUUUUUUUUUGUCUCUCUUGUUGAAUUCUAGUUUUGCAUCCCAGGCUCUUGUAUUGCAAGAAAUCUGUUUAACUUUAUUCUUAAAAAAAAAAGUCUUUUGAAGGUUAAAAAAAUGUAGCAUUUGAAUAAUCAGAAUUUGUUUUCCGUAUUGCUGAUAUGGUGAACAUAGUUGUCCUGCAUGCACACAACAGCUGCAUGUUGUGCAUGUCUGACCGGACGCCCCCUGUACGUUCUCCCUCUGCUUCUCUAUAUUAAUAUUGUCUCUGCAGCUGUCGGGAGGCUCUGCUAAAAGGCAUAGAAACAAAAAAAAUUGUCCAUCAAAUCUGGCACGUUUGUCUCUCAGUGUACCUCACAAAGUCAAGCAUAAUCUUUAGGCUAUGUCAUCUGCAAAACAGCCUGUUGUUAUGCAGUAGCAGUGUUGGAAGUUAUGCAGGCCUAGGUGAAAACGGAGAACUUUCCUCAUAAAACAACAAGAUUGUUCAAGAUUGAUUAGAGGAAAUGUUUUCAGGCUUUGCUUUUGGAAAAACUUGUACUUUGCACUGCGUCUGUAAUUCUGAGUGUCUGUUUGGGAAUACAGGAUGCUGUGUUUGUAUUGUAAUGUUAUUUUUGUGUAUCUGUUUGCAUUUUUCACUUGUAGGUGCAGGGGAAAUAAAUUCAACAUGCCUUA